AGAUGGGAUCUUUUGGUGGUUUUUCCCACUGGGGAACGACUGAUACGAGAGCCUAAGUCGUUUGAAAUACAAGGUUUUCUGAAGUGUGUAAACAGUUUCUCCUCAGCGACCAUGAAUCUGGUGAUCAUUUUCUUCGCAUGUGUUGGCCUAAGCAUGGCUGACACUCCCGCCAACUGUCUGUACGAAGACAUCCGCGGAACUUGGAAACUGCACGAGACCGAAAGGAAUGGUAACCAUUCCAUCAGCUGUGAUGAACUUGGAGAAAUUGUUCACGAAAACACUUUCACACUGGAAUUUCCCGAUGUAGUCAAAGAUGAGCUGGGGAACCAAGGUACCUGGACCAUGAUUUAUAAUCAGGGAUUUGAGGUUAACAUUAACCAGCGUAGUUACUUCGCAUUCUCGUACUACGAAGGUGACUGGGGCUCAUCGACUUCCUAUUGCAAUCGCACGUUCAACGGUUGGUCACGAGACGUAACUAUUAGGAACUGGUCUUGUUUCAAGGCAGAGAAACUGGCCCAGGUCCCACCGACAUUUACUGAACGGCCGGUCCUCACAAAUGGAGGUCAAAUGUACAAGAAUGAUGAAAAUCUUAUCAAGAAAAUCAACAUUGCACAAACAUCUUGGACAGCAAAGGCUUAUCCAGAGCACGAAAAUUACACUGUCGAAGAAAUGUAUCUCCGAACCGGAGGCCUUGCUUCCGUCAUGACAAAACUUCUAUCCGCCGCCCCCGUCUCGCCAGAACUGCAGGCUACUGUUGCCAGUUUACCAGACAGCUUUGACUGGCGUAAUAUUAACGGUGUCAAUUACAUAUCUCCCGUUGGGGACCAAGCUUCAUGCGGGUCCUGCUAUGCCUUCGCUUCUGUGGCGAAUUUAGAAGCAAAACUUAGGAUUGCCAGCAAGAAUCAAAGGCAAGAUAUCUUUUCCACUCAGGAUAUGGUUUCUUGCACAUAUCUGGAUCAAGGAUGUUCAGGUGGAUUCGAUUAUUUAGUUGCGGGGCGAUACGCCAUGGAACAGGGCGUCGUUUCAGAAUCUGAAAAUCGUUACCUUGGACGUGAUGCUCCCUGCACCACAAGCCAAGCAGCCACACGCACGUACGUUAAAGACUACAGGCACGUUGGAGGUUACUACGGAGCCUGUAACGAAGCUGCUAUGAUAGAAGCGAUUGUCAACAGAGGACCUGUGUCAGUUUCUUUCCAGGUCUACAGCGACUUCCCUUCUUACAGCGAUGGGAUUUAUCAUCAUACAGGAUUUGUGAACGAAUUCAAUCCCUUUGAGGAAACCAAUCAUGUCGUCCUGGUGGUCGGUUAUGGGGUGGAAGAAUCGACGGGCGAAAAAUACUGGAUCGUCAAGAAUUCCUGGGGAGAUUGGUGGGGAGAGAAAGGCUACUUUAGAAUCAGGAGAGGCACAGACGAGUGCGCUAUUGAGUCAAUGGCAGUUGAAAUUGAUAUCAUCCCGUAACUCAGCACCUAAUGUGCAGCACUAGUAUGUGCCUCUACCUAACUGUUCAAUGUACCUUACUGUAGGCUAUCUGUGACCUUUGUAAUCUGAAGGUGCAUGUUUCACCUAUAACGUUAGAUUUAUGUUGUAUUUCUCAACAGUCAUAAAGUCGUUUUUUAUCCUUAUGUAUGUAAAUUCAUAAAAUAAAUACGAAAAAAAAAAGUUUUUA